AUGAAAUCAACCAUGAAUUUAUUAGAUAUGUUGGCGGGCGACCCUCCACAGGCAAUUUACAAGACGGAGGAGUCACCCACAACCGUUAUAGACUUGGAAACCACAAGCAAUAAUGAAGCGGAAUCAAAUGAUGGAGUCCAUUAUUUGCCGACGGUUUUGACUCCAAUGCAACGUGAUAUUUGUGAGAUUAUCAUUCAAAUAAUGCGUCACCAUCUCACGAAUGGUGUAGAGUCACGCAGAACUCGAGCUAGUAUCAAUAGCUUGUUGGAAACAGCAGAAUCAUCCGAAGGAAUAGCUUCAAGCUCAGAUUCUUACGACAUGAUAAAACUUCUUUUUGACCAACUUUGCAUCGCUUCUAGACACCCAUCGUUGCUAGUUGAUCAUUUGAUGCCCAAGCAGCUUCUAUUGCUGGAAACUAACGAAAGACUUUUGAAUCUUUCAGGAAAUCUCAAACUUUUCAACGAAAUAAUUGAUGGUAUAAUCGAUUCUUUACGGGACUCAACGAAGACUGAAGUGUUCAAUAUCCUCGUUAUAGCUGAGAACGUCAAAGAGCUCGAACUAGUGGAGGGCAUAAUCAUAGGCAAGCAAUUGUACUACAAAAAUUUGAGCAGUGGAAAGAUGUAUGAAGACAACAGAGGCAUGCCACUGAGCGAACAAAAGGAAGUAGAACCAAAAUCCAAAAGGAGGAGAUUCAGUAGCAAGGGACCACAAACAGGCUCAGCGGCUACUUGCUUGUACUUGACAACCACCCAACAAUUCUACAAUCAUUAUACUCCAGCGUCGUUGUCUGGAAACUCUGCAUUCAACCUAAUCUUUUCAUUUGACCAGACCAUCGACUGUGAAAGUCCUAGCAUCGAAGUGUCGAGAAACGUGCAUAAUAACGGACGCAAAACUCCUAUACUCAUACCGGUACCUGUUAUGUCCAUACUACAUAUUCUCACACAAAUUCCUAAACCAGCUGGCAAUUUGGGCAACAUUUCCAUCGAUCGCUUACUGAGUCCAGCUCAUAAAUGGAGACUAAGGGCGCUAAAUGUGUAUGCUGUGAAUCGUUUCAAUUUGUUCGAGCAAAGUGUAGCGGGCUUUUACCGCAAAAACCACCAGUCAAUGAUCGAGUUGUACAACUGGAUAACGGAUCCGACUCUCGAAACUUAUCCUAGUUUUGGACUUGAAGAGUUUUCCACUCUGCUCAACUUCAACUUUACCGAUGAAAAAUUAAUGAAGAAGCUUCGAGUGGACUAUUUGGAGGCACUUGCUACCCGUGACCGUGAACUGCGUACCUACAAUUUCGGUGAAGAAGUACGCAGUUACAAAGAUUUCAAGUAUACGUUGUCUGUUAUUUUGAAUGAGAGAACUGGAGAACUUGAAAGCACACAACGGUCUCUUUCAAAUGACAAGUUGAUAACGUUUAGGAAUGAUGAAUCGAAAAGACAACUUGAAAUAGACCGUGAUGAGGAGUUAAUUGCUGCCAACUAUAGAGAGAUGAAAGUCCUCAUAGACAAGGCAAACGUCGCAGAAAAGUUAUCCGCUCGAAUUGAUGCUGAUGUAGAAAAAAUUCGGCAAAAAAAUGAAGAAUUGAAGUCAAAGAAGCAGUUCUUGGAAGACAAUGUUAAAAAUGCAACGGAGGAAACAGUCGCUGUUCAGAAGUCAAACAUUGCUGAGUUGGAAAAAGAAUUGUCCAAUGUAGCAGUGGAGCUUGAAAAGUUGAAUGGGGAGAGCGACGAAACUCGAUACAAGUAUCAAGAGAGUUCGGCUAUGGCCGCCAAAUUAUCCGGUGAACUUUCAGAAAUACAAGAGAAAAACAUCAAGCUACAACAAAAAAUUACAGGACCAGGUGCGAGACUUCUUCCUACCUUAUUCAAAGACGAUAGCUUGCACAAAAUCGAGGCAGAGUGUCACAGAAUUGAACAAGAGAAUAGAGUUAUCGAAGAGAUUUUUGCCCAAAAGCUCGACACCAUCAUAAAAGAAAGAAAUGGUAUUCUUGACAGUUCUGGAGGAUCUUCAAGCAGGCAAGUCAAUAGAAUCAGCCGUUCAGCAACUCCUAUGUAA